AACUAGAAUGUUCAAGAUUAUGAAGAUUGUUCCCAAGUACGCCCGACUCGCGUGCCCAAAUGCAGACGGAAAGUGGGCGCUCACCCAACUCCCGCCACAUAAAAGCAUCGGUACCUGCCUCUCGCUAGUCACAACGGAAACACAAAUAUUUCUGUAAACAGACUGCAGUUUCCUAUCUACAAUACUGCCUCUAGCAAUACUUCUCUGAAAAUCAAUAUGUCCAAGAUGGAGAAUCAAAAUACUGCCUCUCUUGAAGCUCCUAACUGCAAAGAGAAUUCAGUUCUCCCCAUCGCUGAGAAGGGGCUUUUCUUCCAUGAUUCGUUUUUCGAGGAUAUUCGGAAGCACUUUGAGACAGCCAUCGACCAAAUCCUUGAUACGUGGGGAGAAGCCAAAUCCGUGAGUGAUCUCAUGAGUAGCUUCACACGUGUAAGAGAGCGUAAUUUGCAGCAGGAGAACCAAGUCAUGGCUUUCAGCGAAGACGACCAGAAUCAUAAGGUUGUACUGGAUGUCCAUGACUUCAAGAGUGGAGACAUGAAGGUUAGAGUGGAAGACAAUCAGGUGGUGGUGGAGGGUCGAGUGGAAAAGGAAGAGGGCGACUUCAAGUCCAUGAAAAGCUUCUGUCGACGUUUCAACUUCCCAGGCAAAGUGAACAUGGAGGCCGUGACUUCCGCAAUGUCUUCCGAUGGCGUCUUGACUAUCACGGCUCCUAAGGUCGCAGAGGAAUCUUAAA